GGACGAAAGUGCUCCACCGAUUUGCAAAUCCGAGCAACUCACAGCAGUGCCGUAUCAUGGCUGCUUUCACGCAGUCCGAUGCCUUUAAAUGCCCCAGAGCACCAUCGCCGGAUUCGCCGAUUGAUUGAUUCCCCCGCCCCCCAUCCCAUUCCCGCCUCGCAUUCCCAAAUAUCUCCCCGGCUCCCCUCGCCAUGGGCAGCGCCGCCGCCUCGCCGCCGCCGUCCGGGAAGAUGUCGCAGGACGAGCUCAAGCGCGUGGCGGCGCACCGCGCGGUGGAGUUCGUGGAGCCCGGCAUGACGCUGGGCCUGGGCACGGGCUCCACCGCCGCACACGCGCUGGACCGCCUGGGUGACCUCCUCCGCGCGGGCGCGCUGCCGGGGGUCGCCGGCGUGCCCACCUCCCUCAAGACGGAGCUCCACGCGGCGCGGGUCGGGAUCCCGCUGCUCCCGCUCGACGGCGCCCGGAUCCGCCUCUCCAUCGACGGCGCCGACGAGGUCGACCCGGACCUCAACCUCGUCAAGGGCCGCGGCGGGUCGCUGCUGCGGGAGAAGAUGAUCGAGGGCGCCGGGGAGCGGUUCGUCGUCAUCGUCGACGAGUCGAAGCUCGUGCCCAGACUCGGGUGCACGGGCGCCGUCCCCGUCGAGGUCGUCCCCUUCGGCGCGCCCCACACGCUGGGCCUCAUCCGCAAGGUGUUCGAUGGAUUGCCGGGCUUCCACGCCAGGCUCAGGACGGUCGCGGACGGCGACCUGGUGUCGGCGCCGUUCGUCACCGACAACGGCAACUACAUCGUCGAGAUGUUCUUCGAGGACGGCAUACGCGGCGACCUACAAGACAUCAGCGACCGCCUCCUCCGGAUCACCGGCGUCGUCGAGCACGGCAUGUUCCUCGGCAUGGCCACCACCGUCAUCGUCGCCAACAACGACGGCACCGUCUCGGUCCUCCACAGGAAGAGUAAGCUUAUUUAACCAGUCUCCCGGCCGGCACCGGAGAAGAUUGUGCCGGCAGCCAAGAUCUCUCAUUCCAGCAACCAAGAAAAAGAAAAUAAAAGAAAAAAAGAAAAAGGAAGUCAAAUUUCUUCCCUCGCCAUCGCCGCGCUUUUGACCUUUACGUUGCGCGAAUAUCUUAUCAGCUGUCCCUGUCUGUGUAUCUGGUGAUGCGGUGAACAUGGACCGGUGCUUUGUGUUCAUCCAUCCAUUGGGCAAUCUGAGCCGUGUACAGAGGAGAGGACAAUGGAUUAGCCAUCGUCCUUAACCUGCUGAUAUGCGGUGAACGUGACCCCAUAAGCGCUUAUUUGGAAUUAAACAGGAACGAAAAUGUGUGGCAAAAACAAAGUCCGGCUUGCUGUCCCUUUGAAACGUGCGAAUUUCGAUAAGAUUCUGUAUGAGAUGAUGUAUCCAAUGACCGGCAUAUAUGCUUAUGUUUCUCUCCAA